AUGGCGACGAUGCGAGGAACGCGUGUGCCUAUUGGCUCCGCGUCAUGGAUUAACGAAGAACGAACUACAGCCCUUAGCAUCGUUCAGGCUGAGGCCGAGGAGUUCUCAUUUGCCGCGAGAAACGAGUUUGACUGGCUUAAUGAGCAUAUGGCUGGGGUCUUCAACGAGAACGAGAUCAAUGUCGCCGAGAUCUUCAAGACACCUGGAAAGCUUCGAAGCAAAACGCCCCGCACGGCGCGUAAGGUCGACAAUGGCGAGCCUCGUAUCGUGAGUCUACUGCUCUCACGCGCGCAAAUAUCAACGUCCGCUAACAAGGUGCAGCCACUAUCAGAUGUGUUCUCUUCCACUCCCAACGGCGCCCCAAACACUUUCACACAACAUCUUACUCGCGCUACUCCCACUGCCCACCCUGCGCCAUCAACAUCAUCACCUUUGAUCAACAGGAAUAUUUCGCCCCUCAAGGCUGCCCCCUCCCCUAGGCCGGUUUCGAAACAGCCCGUUGCACUAGCCGAUUCCGGAUACUAUGGCAGCCAGGAUGUCGACAACAUGGACAACGAAGAGGAAGACGACGACGACAUGGAUGUCGACCUGAUUGAAGAGGAGACACAGAUUGGCGAGCCACGAUCGAGCCCCCCAAAGACUGCUGGACGAACCGGCCAUGUCGCCUUCGAGGCCAUCGAGCAGAACGCGCCUCGAAGCCCUACCGAAACACGCACUAUGCGCUCUCCUGAAGUUACUUUUCAAACGGCCAAGGAGGAGCAGACAACGCGGGUUAUACGCGAUCUCAUCGAGGAAGCUCCAUCCCCAGCAUCGUCCAAGACCUCAGCUGCCCCAAGCCCGGCCAAGGAAGCCAGAACGCCCUCGCCUCCUAUCGUGUCACCCAAGCCUCGCUCCGCAAAAAAGAGCGUGUCGCCUAUCAAGGCCUCACCACAGAAGCGCUCCCCAGCGAAGCAGUCUUCACCGCCAUCCUCACCUGUGCUUGGAGCUGCACCAUCUCCCAUGCCCGAGCCUUCGCCUGCUGCUGAAUCACAGGAUGAUGUGGACGUCCACAUGGACGAUGAUACACGAUCACCGUCCGAUGACGAGUCGAGCCCGAUCCGCCCAGUCAGAAAGAGCAGCCUCAACUUUGCUUCACUUCCUGCUAGAGAGCCUCUUAAGAAUAAGAGUAUCGGGGCUCGUGUCUCUAGGACCAGCCACUUGGAUAUGAACCGUCAGAGUUACUACGGUCGGCAAACGGGAGGAAAGAGUUUGGGAAAUAACAUGGAACUACUUGGGGAAUCAGACGACGAGGAAGGCAACGACGACGGAAUGAGCAUCGAUGGCUCAGCCGAAGACACAAAGGAGGUCGACAACUACGCCUCCAACCACAACAAGACAUACACUCAACGACUACAAGACCAAAUCAACUUGCUCGGUAAAUCUCAACCGAACGCAAGCCGACCUUCAAAGUCGAUCCCGAGCUCAGCGGUUGCGCAACAGCUUGCACAAACGACUGCGACCCAAUCAGUUGCAGAUGUCAAGGCAGCAACACCCGCGAAGAGAUCUGCUGCACCACCGACUCCUGGAGCGUUCCCGGAGGACGAUGAUGAAGAAGACGAAGUGGAAGCGGGCGAAGAGGGUGACUGGAUUGCACCUCCUGUGCCUGCGAAAGAUACGCCCCUGGCCAGUCCACGACCGCAUUUGCCUAAGAGCCACACUGCGGACGUUAUGGAAGGCAUCGACAGGGCAGACACCGUCAGCGGCCCUGAAUUUGCUUUGCCUAAGCAGCGGCAAUCUCCUGGUCGCUCAGGAUCCCCCAAGCGGGCACCUGUCAUCCCCGAGCGUACUACCAGUGUGUUUGGACAUGGCAAAUCUGCUUCUGUUUCUGUCUUGCCUGAUCUUUCCAAGGACAAGAUGGUUGAAGACCUGUCUCCAGCCAAGAAGCAUGUUUCAGUGUCCAACCCUCUGUCAGCCGUGCCGGAGGAUGGACGCCCCGAGACUCCUCAAUCGCCUACACGAAGCUUCCGGGACAGUCCAUUGAAACAGGUCAAGAACAAGCUGUCUUCCAUUCUGAAGAGUUCCAAAGGUCUUCUUGCGAGCAGUGCGGCCAUCAGCGCUGAAGGCAAAUCUUCGCUAAUGUCACCUUCCACCGCUCGCUUUGGCAUCAACCCCGGUCCCUCUACAGACUCAAUUGUGCCCCAAUCAAUCGCCGCAGAGCCAUUAUAUCCUGACCUUUCCAAGCGAAUUGCAGCCGAUGCUCAGACACUUUCCAGCAUGGGGAGCCCCGAGAAGCCCGUUGCGCGCAGAACGCGGGCUUCCGUUGAGAAGGAGAAGGAAGACAAGCGUAAAGAGAAAGAGGCCAAGCUGAUGGCUGAUCAGAUGAGCAAGCUGGACAAGGCUCGUGCAGAUGAGCGGGAAAAGGCCCGGACUUUCAGCAAAGAACAAGAAAAGAUUGCCGCAAUGGAGAAGAAGAUUGCUGCUCAAAAGGAGAAGGAACCUGAACAAGAGCAAGUCAGGGAGGUUGAACGACCUGCUCGAACGCCGGCGCCUAAGGAAGCACCCAAGCCCACAAGGACUAGCCCUCGCAAGGCCAAGGCUCAGGCUGAGGCCGAGGCUGCUGCCCAGGCCUCACAAUCAGAAAAGCCCGAUGUCGAGAUGGCUGAAGCGCCAACCCCCAGGCCCCCGCCAUCCGCUCCUCGCUCUGUUGGCCCUAGCCAGACGGCCAGGCAGCGGGAACUCAGACGUCCAAUGAAGCCAACCAAGGAAGCACCCAGCAAGAUCAAGCAAGCGCCUACCGUCAUUCGCGUUAACACCGGCUCGCAACACUCGCAGUUCCACCCCUCCAACAGCACAUUAUCAUCGGGUCUGCAAGAGACACUGGGCUCGUCGGUCAAGUCCAAAUCAAGCCAGCCAGGCUCACAUAGCAAGCAAUCUCUGGCGAGCAUGAAGAGCUCUGUCUCGUCCAAUGGCCGACCGAAAGCACUCGAGCUUGCCGCCAAGCGAAAGGAACAAGAAGAGCGGGAGGCUCAAAGGAAGAGAGAUGCGAAGCUCGAACUCGAACGGAAACGCGCUGCGAUUCAAGAGGAAGAGCGCAAGCAGGAACUGCAAAGGCGACAAGAGGCGGAGAGACAGAGGGAGAGGGAGAAGGAGCAAGCCGAGGCGAAGAAGAGUGCACAGAGACAGGCAGCAAUUGAGCGUGCCAAGCAGACGCGAGCACCACCACCUGCUGUGCGCUCUCAGCCCAAUGGCCCUCCCGACUACACUGCCAGUCAACGCUCCGAUGGCCAACCUCCCCGGCCUCCGUCCCGAAUGAACUCCAUGGCCCAUCGGUCUCAAGAGGAUCGACCAGUCAAUGCUGUUCUUUCUAACGCUUCGAAGCCAGGCUCAAAGCGCCCCCUGCCGCAAGACAGCAGAGAGGACAAUGGCUCUCGCAACCCUCCCGCACGUAACGGGCAGUCUUACAAGACCCAGGAAGCCAAGCGUCGUCGCACUAGUGAUGACUUUGCUGAUGAGCUUGACAUGGACAUCCAACCACCCAACAUCAAGGGCCCCCCUGUUCGCCCUCCGUCAGUGGGUUUCAAGAAGGACAUGCCCACGAAGUCGACGUACGGCUACACCAACGCACCGCCGAGUGCCUCCAGAGAUUUGUUCAAGUCUACCGUCACCGCCCAGCACCACAGCACAAUCAAAUCCACAAAACAAGUGGAUAUGAAUCAGUUUGCCCAGGGACACAUUCCAUUCGCGCCUAAUCCAAACCCUGCCGGCCCGGCUCACAAGACACCGGCGCGACCUAUGGGUGCUGCAAGCACAAAGUCUACCGCCAAGGCUACGAGAUCGUCUCCUCGAUUCCAAGACGGCGAAAAGAUUGAGCUGCCUGAAAUCGAUACAGAUGAGGACGAGGAUGAUGACGACUCCCACUUUGGGGUUGCCCCUUGGGCUGAUUCGCCUGAUUUGAGACGCGCCCUCAUGAAACAGGAAACCAUGAAUCCUGAGGGUAUCUUUGGGCCUCCCCGCGCCCUCAACAUGGAGGAAGUGUUUAACAACAAGGAGAGAUGGCACAAGUUCCGCGCGCGCACAUCAAGCGCCAACUGGAGUGGAUCGGAUCGCUUGACAGAAGACGAGAUUAGGAAGGAUCUUGCAGCUCGCGACAAGCUUCGCAGAGAGGGUGGUUGGUCCUACGAGAUGAGCAAGGACUUGAUAUGGCUGAGUAAAGCCUGGCGUAUUCUUUUAUUCUUGCAAGGAAGCAAGAAAACUUUUAUUGCGGGCGUUGAGCAGCAUAAGGCUUGCAAUUAUGACCGUGUUAAUAUCGACUGCGAGUCGGACAUGCACCUGAGGGCCGGCUGUCACGGUCUCCAGCCUUCAUUCGAUCGCAUGGAUGGGAGAGGAUCCGACGCGGUUGUGCACCCAGGAGCUGUCAAUCCAUCCACCAACUACUUGACUCGGAUUCGCGAAACGACCCUUUCUUUUGUGCUGAUUCGGGUUGCCACGGAGAGCCGCAAGCGCAGUCGUGCCACACCAGCGAAACCAGACCACAGUAUCCCAUCGAGCUUCAAGAAACGGAAGCUAGACGCCAACGGCAACCCGAUUGUCGCUUCUUCUCCGACGACACCCAAAAGUACUCCAGGGGCCAAUUCAUCCGCUCUGAAGAAGUCCGCUCGCAGUAGAAUCACAUCCUCGCCCGUCUCGGCAUAUGACGUGCCAGACUCCCCCGAGGACAACCCGCCACGUCGAAUCCGCAAUGUAAGAAGCGUUGACCGACCGGCUGCCAAGGUUCCGAUCCCGCCUCGCCGCAAUGUCGACGUUGAUAUUUACGAUAUUCCCUGCUCCGACGAUGAGCUGCAUUCGAGCCCGAAGGAGGUGAACUUGCAGAAAGCGAGCCCUACGAAGAGAAAGAGCAACGCCGCGGCCGGCCACGAUGUGAAUGAGGUCAAUGGAGGGGAGACCAUCGAGGAGCCACAGCCUCAAAAGGGCAAGAGCAAUAAGGUGCUGGGAAAGGACGAGAAGGUUGCUUCGACGGAGGAGUCUUCCUCGCAGAUACGAUCAAGCGGACGCCGGAGAACUCUGACAGCGAAAGCCCUCGAGCAUGUGGAAAAGGUUGCGAGUCGCUCUGCGACUCCGACUUCUCACGCGAGAUCUUCUGCCACUGCGAAUGAAGUGCCGGAGUCCAAAAAGGCUACAGGGAAGGCGAACCGCAACAUAUCUAUGCCUCUGAAAGGUAUCUUGACACCGUCCAAGCGGGACGGUACGCCGAGAAGGAGUAAGAGCGUAGCGUUCGAUUCUGCUAGUGCUUUGGCUCAAGAGGAGGUGUUUUUCGAGGAUCUUCCGACAAAGUCUGGGAGAAGCCGAAAACCAUCACAAAAGGUGGUUGAAGCAAAAGUAGUAGUGGCGAAGACCGCGAAGUCACGAAAGGCGCCGCCCAAGGUGAUUGAUGAGGAGCCACAGGAGGAAGAAGAUGUGGAGUCAGAGGUCGAAGAACAGCAAGAUGAAGAACCGGUAGCAGAAGCGUCAAAGCAGGAGGAAGAGGAAGACGAGGACGUUUGUUCGAUAUGCACGAAGCCCGAUUCCAAGCCUGGGAACAGAAUUUUGUUCUGUGAUGGCUGCGAUAAGGCGUUCCAUCAAAAAUGCUACAACGUGCCCAAGGUUCCCCGGGGAGACUGGUUCUGCAACGAUUGCGUUGGGCAGAAGCAGUCGCGAGCAGUGGCAGCAGACGAGGCGGUGAAGACUCCCAAUUUCGCAAAACACCUGAGCAAUCUGCAAAGGGUGCUAUUAGACCGGUGUACGGGUCGCCGACGAAUCAAGUUGAUUGACCAGGAUGACGCCUACGAAAAGGCGCAUCGGCUGGUAGAGCAGACGGUACUGGCUGGGGAGGGCAACUCCAUGCUCGUAAUAGGGGCAAGGGGUUGCGGCAAGACCACGCUCCUCGAGAGCAUAGUCGACGACCUGUCUUUGCAGCACAAGAAGGAAUUCCAUGUUGUAAGACUAAACGGGUUCAUUCACACCGACGACAAGCUGGCCCUGAAGGAGAUUUGGCGGCAGUUAGGCAAAGAGAUGGAGGCGGAGGACGAGGCCAAUGCUCGGUCAAAUUACGCCGACACAAUGGCCUCGCUGCUUGCGCUGCUAUCUCACCCGUCGGAAAUGGCACAGGCGGAAGAGGGUGUGACGUCGCAAGCGGUCGUCUUCAUCAUUGAUGAGUUUGACAUGUUUGCAGCGCAUCCCCGGCAAACGCUGCUCUACAACCUAUUUGAUGUUGCACAGGCGCGUAAAGCCCCUAUCGCGGUGCUGGGCUGUACGACACGCAUAGACGUAGUAGAAUCUCUGGAAAAGCGCGUGAAGAGCCGUUUCAGCCACCGUUAUGUCUACCUGUCCCUCCCAAAAAGCUUGCCGGCAUACUGGAAAGUAUGCAAGCAGGGCCUCUGCGUCGAUGACGAGGACAUGGACGUCGAGGGCAUCGAUGUCAGUGUUGAUGGACACGAAGCUUUCCACGCAAAUUGGAAGGCUAUGGUUGAGGUUCUAUACAAAGAAAAGGCAUUCCAAAGUCUAUUGCAAUACCACUACGCAACGACAAAAUCCGUCUCGGCAUUCCUGUCAGCGUGCAUCCUUCCCCUCUCCGCGCUCUCGUCUACAUCUCUAGACCUCGUCAUUCCGCCAACGCCCGGCGGCGCGGUCGUCUCUCUCACGCCACCGAACUCCAAGCUUCACCUUUUGCCGUCGCUCUCAGAGCUGGACCUGGGCCUCCUCAUCGCAGCAGCGCGACUGGACAUUGUGGCACAUACAGACACGGUCAACUUUGCAAUGGCGUACGACGAGUACGGCUCACUGAUGGGUCGGCAGCGGGUGCAGUCGGCCAGCUCGGGACUGCUGGCCCUGGGCGGCGGCGUGCGGGUGUGGGGCCGCGGUGUGGCUGUUCUCUCAUGGGAGAGGCUCGUUGCCCUGGGGCUGCUGGUGCCGGCGGGUCUCGGGACGGGUCGGGCUUCGGGGUACGGCGGGCUGGAGGGGAAGAUGUGGAAGGUGGAUAUGGCGCUCGAGGAGAUUCCCGCGGGGUUGAAGUUGAACAACGUGUUGGCGCGGUGGUGUAAGGAGAUAUGA